UCAACAUUAAAACACAAAAAAAACGCUUCAAUGACCAAAUAAUUCCUCACUCCCACAUAAAUUUACUCCACCAACUAAAAAUCUCUUCCUUCAACCCUCCAAAAGUUCAGUCUCUGCCUCCUUCUUCUGGCUUUCUCUCUGGAUUCUUGGUACGAUUGCUUCUAAUUUUGUGUAGAAUGGGAUGAAUUGGGAAGUUUUUAGGGGCCUUAGGAGCUGAGUUGAUUUUUUAGGGGAAUUUGGCGUCUGAGAGGAGGUUUAGGGGGAUUGGGGGAGAGAGGGGUAGGGGGGAGAUUUGGGGGUGGGUGAAGAUAAAUGUUGGUUUUGGGAGGGCUUUAGAGAAGGAAUAGAGAUAGAUGAUCUUAUUCCUUUUGAUAUGGGUUUAAAUGGUCUGGUUUUUACUUUUUGUUUAGUAAAGAGAUAUAAGUCUUUUUGAAGCUGUUAAACCUAUUUUAGGGACACCGUUUGUUCAGGAAUAGAGUCUAUUUAUUCCUUGUUAGAGCUAAUAGUGAACCAAGUUUACUUGGCUGAUCAUAGUUUCUUUCAAGUCUCUCGAAGCUAGAUCCUCAUUUUUUGGGGUUGUGAAUGCUUUCAUACUGAUAUUUAAUACUUGAGAGUUGUCUCCUUGGUAAGACUUUUGUUGAUAUUUUUCUAUUUCUAAGGUGUAAAUUAUGUAUAAAUAAAGAAAUUAGACUAAGUAAUAAAAGAAAAAAUAAAUUGUGCAUUACUUUUUAUAAACUUUUUGAAGUCGUCAGUGAUCUUACAGAUAUGGUAUUGAUGUGUAAGAGAAUUAAAACUCAUCUUUUAGAAAAUAGAAUAUUAUAAAUAUCCCUUUGCAUUAAAAUUCAUCUUUCAAACAAAUUGAGUUCCAAACAUAUUUAUUACCAAAGCAAAACUCGAUCAAAACUAAAACCAAACACAAUACGAGCAUUAUAAACACAACUGAUACUAUUAAAACAUCAAAAAUACUAAUCCCUCACAUCUCAUUUCCACUCCAAACAAACUCCUACUCAACAAUCUCAUCUAUACACCCCGCCUCCCCCUUCCCCUCCUCACCCUCCACCCCAUAUCCCUCCAUCCUCCCACCCUCCGCCUAAAUUCCCCCAUCUCCCCACUCAAAAACUCUCCUAAACCCCUUCUUCCAUCCAAGAAACCUCCCUUUCGCUUCUUUCCAGAUCUUCCCCUCUAGCCCAGUACAGCCUCUGUAUCCGAACCCCCUUCUGCAAACCCUGGUUACUUUUGAACAGGGUUUAAAAAUGAAGAAUUUUAGACUUUAAGGGAUUUUAAUUUUUUUAGAAAUUUUUGAAAAAUUGAAGGUUUUUUAUGGGAUUUAUGCGGGGUUUUGGGGGGUUUUGGGGGAAUUAUGGAAGAGGGUGGUGGGAAUUAUGGGGGAUUUUUAGGGGUCUUUAAAGUCACUCUUGUAAAGACCUGAGCUCCGCUGUGUUUUUGAAGGGAUGUAGUGUUGAUUUUUGUGAUAAUGGUGGUAGUCAAAGGACUUUGUGAUGAGUUGUCUAGCCAGCAUAGGUCAUGGGGAUAACUGUUUUGUCAGAAUUGGGAUUUAUGGGUUUGACUGGGAUUUGGUGAGUGUAUUGAGAGGGAAGGGCGAAAUUUAGGAUCUUGGGUUAACAUUUUUGGAUCGUGCUGG